AUGUACAAGCGUCGUGACUAUGUGGACCUUUAUGAGAAAGACCAGGCUAAAUGGGCUCUAGUACGAAACGUCAACACUGUCUUCAAGCACUCUACACUGCUACCGGUAGGACUACAACACUGUGUGUGUGUGUGUGUAUAGGACUGUGUUUAGUAUUGUGAAUGGAUUGCAGGUAAUCUUGUUGAGCUAUCAGAGGAGCUUAGGCAGUGUUGUAAUUGGUUUACCAUAUAGAAGCCACGUUUACGAUACAAUAAAAUCUAUUGUCCCCAAGGGAAAGAUAUUAGACAGUUCAUUCUGCUGUAUAUUAAAAAGCAAUCAAGUACAAGAAGCGGAGGUACUGUAUGUGGUAAAUAAUAAAGCACUAAGGGGUGUUAGGCCUGAUGCACAGCGGUGUGUGUGUGUGACAUUGAUGAUGUCAUUGAAUUAUGUUGAUUAUGACACUGAACCCUGUCAGUACUGCUCUAAGAUGUCAUCUCGAUCAACCAUAUCACCACCUCUUCUAUGUCUGCAAUACACCUUCUGCUUUUAUAAUACUUUGCCAUCUCUCUCGCGCUCUCACUCUCACUCUCUCUCUCUCUCUCUCUCCCUCUCGAUAUGUGGACCUGUAAAUAUACUAACUCCGUCCCAAAUGGUACACUAUUCGCUACACACCUAGUGCUCUAUAUAGGGAAUAUGGUGCCAUUUGGGAUGCAAACCAUGUAUUGUGUUGGUUUGAUGGGUUGUUGUAUUUAUCCUCUCCCAGGGGGACUAUGUGUGGUUGGACCUGAAGACGGGCCGGGAGUUUGUGGUCCCUAUCGGAGCCGUGGUCAAACUCUGUGACUCUGGACAGAUACAGGUUCUGGAUGAUGAGGGAAACGUGAGUCUCAAACAUCCACACAACACAUUUACACAACAUUCACACACCCUUCUUACAACGUUCUCACAUCAUUCCCACAACAUUCACACAACAUUCUCUCAACAUUCACACAAAAUAAUAAUUUGGGGUGGCCAAAAUGUUGCAGGCAUUUGUUCCAGCACUACACAAACAGCCCCUUCUUUCUCCAGGAGCAUUGGAUAUCCCCCCAGAAUGCAACCAACAUUAAGCCCAUGCACCCCACCUCCAUCCAUGGGGUGGAGGACAUGAUCCGCCUGGGAGACCUCAACGAGGCCGGUAUCCUCCGCAACCUGCUUAUACGAUAUACAGAACACCUUAUAUAUGUAAGUACUACUACUGUACUACUACUAUACUAGUAGAGUAAUACAACCUGCUCAUACGAUUUAGGGAACACCUUAUAUAUGUGAGUACUACUACACUACUACUAUUCUACUACUGCAGUGCUACUACUAUACUACUACUGCUAGGAGCUGGUGAGGCACGCCUGGAGCUCUCUGUUCUUUCUUUGUUUCUUUGUUUCUUUCUUUGUUUCUUUCUUUCUUUCUUUCUUUCUUUCUUUCUUUCUUUCUUUCUGCAUUCCCUCUAUCUGUUUGAGUCUCUCCUGCUCUCAGUCAACCUGUGCUUUUGUCUUGUUUUUCACCUCUUUCUCUCCCUUCUUCCUCCCUCACUCUGUCCCUCCUCUUCCUCCUUUCCCCUCUCUCUUUCUUUCUCGUUCUUUCCUCCUUCCUUCCUGUAGACUAACUGUGGUGGGAGAGUAAGUACAGGGGUAUCAUGCAUGGCUGCCUGAGUGUCCGUAUGAGUGUGUGUGUGUCUGUCUGUCUGUGGGUGUAUGAGUGCAUGUGUUAGUGUUUGUAUGUCUUUGUGAGUGUGCGUGAGCGUAUGUAUGUGCAUGAGGUACUUUUGUUACUCCAUUUCUGGCAUGGCUAUCGUGGCUCCAGUGACCGUUACUGAUACUCAAUUGUCACUGACUGCAUCUGAGAGACGAAACCCACGUCACUUCUGCUCCCAACUCACACGUACACACAGACUUCAUCCUCCCCUCAUUUUCAUGUGGCAGGUGAAUGAGAAUGGCCAACUAUAAAGUACUACUGUCCUGCUGCAAUGUGCCUGUCUGUCUGUCCAUUUAAACUGAUCACAGAAUGCAGAGUUGUUGUACUAACGUGCAUCUCAUCUCUACUGCAGCACUGCACAGCACUGCAUGACCCAUCUUAGCUUCCCUUUUGUAGGAUCUUUGAUUUGGUGUCCUACCUUUGCCCUUUGCCCUCUACCCCCAUAUCCCCUCCAGACGUAUACAGGCUCUAUCCUGGUGGCAGUAAACCCCUACCAGGUGCUACCCAUCUACACAGCUGACCAGAUCCGCCUGUACACCAAUAAGAAGAUAGGAGAGAUGCCUCCACACAUCUUUGCCAUCGCAGAUAACUGUUACUUCAACAUGCAGAGAAACAACAGAGACCAGUGCUGCAUCAUCAGGUGUGUGAGCGGGAGAGGAGUGUGUGUGUCUGGGUGUGUGUGUAUAUUCUCAGAAGCGAGUGAGAGCACCAAGUCGGAUCUAAUUUUGUGUGUGUGUGUUCUCAGUGGAGAGUCUGGAGCAGGGAAGACAGAGAGCACUAAGCUGAUCCUCCAGUUCCUAGCAGCCAUCAGUGGACAACACUCCUGGAUAGAACAACAGGUCCUGGAGGCUAAUCCUAUACUGGAGGGUAGGACACAUACACACACACACACACACACACACACACACACACACACACACACACACACACACACACACACACACACACACACACACACACACACACACACACACACACAAUACACAAUAAUAAACCCUAUAGUAGUUAUAGUUCUGAGUGUUGAGGGCUUUGUGUUGUCUGUCCGCAGCGUUUGGUAACGCUAAGACGAUCCGUAAUGAUAACUCUAGCCGCUUUGGGAAAUACAUCGAUAUCCACUUCAACAAGAGAGGAGCCAUAGAGGGGGCCAAGAUAGAACAGUACCUGCUGGAGAAGUCACGAGUCUGCAGACAGGUAUGGAUUCAGGAGGCAGGGUUAUAGGGUCUGCAGACAGGGUUGUAUUCAUUAGUGUACAUCAUAGCAAAAUGUAGCAAAACGUUUUGCAACAGGCAGUGUUAGCUAGCUGAAGUAAGCAACUGUCCUAUAUCCUGUGAUACAGUCUAGGAGCUGUGUUAUUUUGGUCACUAUCGUGUCAUCUCUAUUCCCCCUCACUCUCCCUGCAGGCUCGUGAUGAGAGGAACUACCAUAUCUUCUACUGUAUGUUGAAGGGCAUGCCUUCAGACCAGAAGAAGAAACUGGGACUAGGGAAAGCCACAGACUACAGCUACCUUACUAUAGUAGGACAACACUUAGCUAACACUUUAACAACGUUAAUAUAACAGUAGUGAGAAAAUAUAAUUCAACUAAAGUUCUCUCUUCUCCUCUCCUCUCCUCUCCUCUCCUCUCCUCUUCUCUCCUCUUCUCUUCUCUUCUCUUCUCUUCUCUUCUCUUCUCUUCUCUUCUCUUCUCUUCUCUUCUCUUCCUCUUCUCUCUUCUCUUCUCUUCUCUUUCUCUUCUCUUCUCUCUUCUCCUUCUCUUCUCUCUCUUCUCUUCUCUUCUCUUCUCUUCUCUUCUCUUCUCUUCUCUUCUCUUCUCUUCUCUUCUCUUCUCUUCUCUUCUCUUCUCCUCCCUCACUCCCUCCAGGGGAAGUGUACUGUGUGUGAUGGUCGUGAUGAUAUGAAGGAGUAUUCAAACAUCCAAUCAGCCAUGAAGGUGUUGAUGUUCUCUGACACUGAGAAUUGGAUGAUCUCCAAACUAUUGGCCUCUAUACUACAUAUGGGGAACCUGCGUUAUGAAGGUAAUAGAUACACACACACAAAUGCACGCAUGAAUGCACACAUGCACGUGCGUGCGUACACACACAUACACACACUCACACAUAUUGAAAUGACAUCAUGCUGACUUCACUGUCAUCUACCUCCAACCUCUGACCCCUGACCCCUAGCUCGUACCUAUGACAACCUGGAUGCCUGUGAGGUGGUCCGCAGCAUAGACCUGACUUCUGCUGCUACACUGCUGGAGGUAACACACGCACACACACACUGUACCCAUAAACCUACCGUACAUACACACACCUACUUUAUCCACUGAGUGGUUGUACAGCAGUAACCUGAACUAGUUAUGUCAUAGCUGCCGGAGAGCUACAGGUGAGUACUAGACCACUGGGGGGGAGGGAGGGAGGUGGAGGGAGGGAGCGAGGGAGAGAGGGAGCAAAUUCAAUCCAUUCUAGACAAUUUCCUGGACAAAACGUUCCACUGUCAUAGUGAAGGUGUAAACUUGGCAGUAGAAAACCUAAACAGUAUAUUUGACCACUCAGCUUCCCUAUCAAAUCUAAAAAUCUCUAACAGAAAACCGAAGAAAAGUAACAACAGUGAUAAAUGGUUUGAUGAAGAAUGCAAAAACCUAAGAAAGAAAUUGAGAAACCUAUCCAACCAAGAAAACCUGAGCCUAUGCCUUCACUAUAGUGAAUCACUAAAACAAUACAGAAAUACACUACGGAAAAAGAAGGAACAGCAUGUCAGAAAUCAACACACACAUUUCUUUCCACAGGGCCGUGGGGUGAGACAGGGAUGCAGUUUAAGCCCCACCCUCUUCAACAUAUAUAUAAAUGAAUUGGCGAGGGCACUAGAACAGUCUGCAGCACCCGGCCUCACCCUACUAGAAUCUGAAGUCAAAUGUCUACUGUUUGCUGAUGAUCUGGUGCUUCUGUUACCAACCAAGGAGGGCCUACAGCAGCACCUAGAUCUUCUGCACAGAUUCUGUCAGACCUGGGCCCUGACAGUAAAUCUCAGUAAGACAAAUAUAAUGGUGUUCCAAAAAAGGUCCAGUUGCCAGGACCACAAAUACAAAUUCCAUCUAGACACUGUUGCCCUAGAGCACACAAAAAACUAUACAUACCUCGGCGUAAACAUCAGCGCCACAGGUAACUUCCACAAAGCUGUGAACGAUCUGAGAGACAAGGCAAGAAGAGCUUUCUAUGCCAUCAAAAGGAAGAUAAAAUUUGACAUACCAAUUAGGAUCUGGCUAAAAAUACUUGAAUCAGUUAUAGAACACAUUGCCCUUUAUGGUUGUGAGGUCUUGGGUCCGCUCACCAACCAAGAAUUCACAAAAUGGGACAAACACCAAAUCGAGACUCUGCAUAAAGAUUUCUGCAAAAAUAUCCUCAGUGUACAACGAAAAACACCAAAUAAUGCAUGCAGAGCAGAAUUAGGCCAAUACCCGCUAAUUAUCAAAAUCCAGAAAAGAGCCGUUAAAUUCUAUAACCACUUAAAAGGAAGCGAUUCCCAAACCUUCCAUAACAAAGCCAUGUUUAUUUAUUUUUCCAUGUGUACUUUAACUAUUUGCACAUUGUUAUAACACUGGAAAAACACUGGAACUUCUGAGUGUAAUGUUUACUGUUAAUAUUUAUUUCACUUUUGUUUACUAUCUACUUCACUUGCUUUGGCAAUGUUAACAUGAGAGAGAGAGAGAGAGAGAGAGAGAGAGAGAGAGAGAGAGAGAGAGAGAAGAGAGAGAGAGAGAGAGAGAGAGAGAGAGAGAGAGAGAGAGGAGAGAGAGACUCUCUCUCUAUCUCCUCUCUGCUCCUCUAUCUUCUCUCUCCGCUCUUCUCUCUCUCUCUCGUCUCUCUGCUCUCUCCCUUUCUACUAGACCUCUCCCUUUCUAUCUGACCGAUACAUUCUCAGAUACGAGAGUACCGAGAGACAUAAGACGACAGACCUACCUAUAGCCAGACAUAAGAAGAGAGAGAUGACAGUGAGCAUAGAGAGACACCGAUAGACAUAACUAGUUUCAGAUCAGAUUCACUGAUAUCGAGAGCCUCGAUAGAUCCUAACUAUGCUUUAUAGAGCUAGAUCUCUCUCUCGCUAGCUAUACUUUCUCCUCUCUAUCUCAUAUCUACUACUCUCUCCUCUCUCUCUCUCUCGUACACUCUCUUCUCUCUCUCUCCUCCUCUCUCUCGCUCUACGUCCCCUUUCCCACUUGUGAAACACGCAAAUCUGGACUGUUGUCACCGUUGGUUGAUGGUGUGAAAUAAGUGUGUUUUCUGACUUAAUGUUGCUGUGUGUGUGCACGCGUGUAGGUGGACUGUAAAGACCUGAUGAACUGUUUGACCAGUAGGACUCUGAUCACUAGAGGAGAAACAGUCUCCACUCCCCUCAGUAUAGAGCAGGCUCUGGACGUACGGGACGCUUUUGUCAAGGUAACACACACACACACACAUUAACAUGCUCUCAGGUGUGUAACACACUUUUUCACACACUCUCUGGCAUAUGUAUAUUGUGUGUGUGUGUAGGGGAUCUACGGUCGUCUGUUUGUGUGGAUUGUAGAGAAGAUCAAUGCAGCGAUCUACAAGCCUCCGUCCCACGAGCCCAAAGCCCUCAGACGCUCUAUAGGACUACUAGACAUCUUUGGCUUCGAAAACUUCACCAUCAACAGGUACACACACACACACACACAGAAUAGAGACACACAUCUGACCACUGCAGUUUGUGUCAGUUUACCUGCUCUAAGUUCAUAUAUGUGUGUCUGUGUGUUCCUGUGUGUGUUGGUGUGUGUGUGUGUCUCCCCAUCAACAGUUUUGAGCAGCUCUGCAUCAACUUUGCCAACGAGAACCUGCAGCAGUUCUUUGUGAGACAUGUGUUCAAGCUGGAGCAGGAGGAAUACAACCUGGAACACAUCAACUGGCAACACAUCGAGUUCACAGACAACCAGGACGCCCUUGACAUGAUCGCUAUCAAACCCAUGAACAUCAUCAGCCUCAUAGACGAGGAGAGCAAGUUCCCCAAGGUAAUGAUGACCGUAUAACCUUGAGGAGGGGAGAGGAGGAUAGGGGGUGGGGGAAAGAGGGAUGAGAGACAUGAUCGUAUCAAACCCAUGAACAUCAUCAGCCUCAUAGAUGAGGAGAGCAAUUUCCCCAAUGUAACUACACUAUAGAUAGAUACAGUACAUAUACAGAUGUAGGAUCUUAAUUUGAUCACCCUGUUGCAGGAAAUGUCAAACUUGUAGCGUAUGGGGGUGUAAAAAGGCUUCUGAAGUUUGUAAUUUCCACUUAGAAAUUUCAGACUUGAUUUCCCCCUACAAAAAUGUCCAUUAAUUAUAAUCCACAUAAUAAUUCACAUUUCCUGUUGCUGCAGGAUUAUUUUCCUGCUGUAGCAAUCUGGCUCAAAUUAAGGUCCUACAUCUGUAGUUCCCUAACAUAGAAGGAAGAGGAUAGAGGGAGAGAAGAGGUAACAAUUACAUUAUUACAUUAUAGAUGGAUACAGUAUAAUGGGGAGAGAACAAAUGUAUAAUGAAAUAUUUGUGUAAAUCUACUCUAUCAGUUCCAAGGGUACUUAGUUAGAUCAUAUCUCCCUAACCCAUCCCUCUCACCUUCUCUCUCUCUCUCUCUCCCACCUCUCUCUCUCUCUGUCUCAGGGUACAGACACCACUAUGUUGAAUAAGUUGAACUCUCAACAUAAAUUGAACACCAACUACAUCCCUCCUAAGAACACUUAUGAGACUCAGUUUGGCAUCCAGCACUUUGCUGGGGUAGUCUACUACGAGACACGAGGUACGUGACAACAUUAUGGCGAUGAUCACAUACAACAUGAUGACCAAAUUCAGCAACUCUUGGAGGACAGUGGAAGUUAAAACCAACAUGUUAAUGUUAAAACCAACAUGCUUUGGCCCAUAGCCUUCAUCAGGGUUUUGUGAUGACGACCCUCAAUGGAAAAGUCACUGUAAAAGGUUAUUCUCAGGACUAAUAGAGGAUAGGACCGACUAGACCCAAUUUCCUAAACAAUAUCAAUAACCUUAUCAAUAACCAAUAGCCUUAUCAAUAACCAAUAGCCUUAUCAAUAAUAGGUUUCUUGGAGAAGAACAGAGACACCCUGCACGGUGACAUCAUUCAGCUGGUUCACUCCUCCAGGAACAAGUUCAUCAAGCAGAUCUUCCAGGCCGAUGUUGCCAUGGUAACGCACCCUCCGUCACCCAAGCAACCCUUCGCUCUAGCAACCACAAAGUCACUCGACCCACCUCUCCUCGCUACACCUUGAUGACAUCACAGAUCACUCACUACCUGUUAGCUAGUUUCUCUGAGUGGUCAUCAUGAAGUGUUCCAGACAGAUGGCUGUGCCUGUUCUGGUUAUCUUAUGGUCUGCAUCCCAAAUGGCACCCUAUUCCCUUAUAGUGCACAAAUGGCUCUGAUCAGAAGUAGUGUACUAAAUAGGGAAUAGGGUGCCAUUUGGGACGGAGUUGUCUCAAGGGUUGUUGUCUCUGCAUGGCAUGCUGCUUGCGCUCUUCUCCUCCCUCUGUCUCUUCAUUAAUGUGUGUCAAGAUGCUAACGUACACUGUCUUUCCUCUGUCUGUGUGUUUGUAUCUGCAUGUCUGUGUAUGUGUGUGUGUGUGUUUGUAUCUGUGUGUCUGCAUAUCACACGUGCGUGCAUGCACACGUAUGUACACUAUCAGUCAAAAGUUUGGACACACCUACUCAUUCAAGGGUUUUUCUUUAUUUUUAAAUUGUUUUUAUAUUGUAGAAUAAUAGUGAAGACAUCAAAACUAUGAAAUAACACAUAUGGAAUCAUGUUGUAACCCAAAAAGUGUUAAACAAAUCAAUCCAGGUGAAGCUGGUUGAGAGAAUGCCAAGAGUGUGCAAAGCUGUCAUCAAGGCAAAGGGUGGCUAUUUGAAGAAUCUCAAAUAUAAAAUAUAUUUUGAUUUGUUUAACACUUUUUUGUCCAAACUUUUGACUGGUACUGUAUGUCUGGCUUAGUUUCUGGUUGGCUACUUGCCGGGUGAUAAUAUGGACCAACCUGACACUCCUCUGAAGGUAAAAGAAGAAAAGAGGAUAAAUAAUCUCCACUCCCUCCUCCCUCACUCCCUGCCUCCAUCCGCUGGCUGUGUAUAGCAGACAUAUCGUCCAAUGUUCAGUGGAGCCCAGGUUGCAACUCUCUCUCUCUCUCUCCUUAAACUUGGUGGCCAUGUUUUGGUGACAUCCCUUCCUGUCUACUUCCUGGUUCUCUCUCACCUCUGCAAAGAUGGUGGGUAAUGAAGAUGUUGAAUAAUAGCCAUUGAAAAAAAUGGUCAAGGGACCUGUCUGUAUAAGUGGGCGUCCUCUCUCUUGCAUGAGCUUGCUUUCCCGUCGAGUUGAGGCUGUUCUGAGGGCAAAAGGGGUGGGUGAAACACAAUAUUAGGAAGGUAUCCUUAAUGUUUUGUACACUCAGUGUAUUUAGAACAAUAGCUUUGAUAGAACUGUUGUUGGCAUUACUUUAAAACAGGUCUAACCUGGACAUGUUUUUUUUUACAAUGAGAUGUGUAGAACAUUUUAAACACUGUCAAAAUAUAUCUGUCACAAUAUGAGCUACAUUUAGCCUGGUUUCCUGUAUGGGAAUAAAAGGGAACUUAACAGAGCAAAAGAGAGAGUGGAAAAAGGAGAGAGAGAGGGAAAGGGAUAGAAUCCAUUGUUACUAACCCAUGUUGAUGUGUGUUUGUGCUGUAGGGGGCGGAGACCAGGAAGCGCUCUCCCACUCUGAGCAGUCAGUUCAAGCGUUCUCUGGAACUGCUGAUGAGGACUCUGAGUGUGUGUCAGCCCUUCUUUGUACGCUGCAUUAAACCCAAUGAGUACAAGAAACCCAUGGUGAGUAUGUGUGUGUCUGCGCGUGUGUGUGUGUGUGUGUGUGUGUGUUUGUUUGUAAAAAUGUAAUUGUUGUGUGUGUGUCUGUGUGUCUGUCUUAUCUCUCCCAGCUGUUUGACAGGGAGCUGUGUGUUCGUCAGCUGAGGUAUUCAGGCAUGAUGGAGACCAUUCGUAUCCGCAGAGCUGGUUAUCCAAUCAGAUACACCUUUGUUGAGUUUGUGGACCGCUACAGAGUCCUUAUGCCAGGAGUCAAACCUGCAUACAAACAGGUAUGUGACCGUUAGAGUUUAGAUGUGCCAGUGACACUAAAAGCCUUCUAUGGGGUGCUCAUCUGGGUAAAGUCAUGUAGUCCAAAAAAUAAAAGGUGAUGGUAUCUCCCAAACUGACCGCAACAAUAACGUUUUUUCAAUGCAUGGUGCACUUAUUUAAAAACGCUGACGUGUUUUGAUCUUGAUCAGUCUUCGCCAAAGCUUGCCUUGUCAGUGACCGUUGUCAAUGGUUACCUGCCCACUGAUGUCCGAUCUUGAUGUGUAUGUGUGUAGGAGGACCUGAGGGGAACUUGUCAGCGUAUAGCGGAAGCUAUCCUGGGGAGAGAUGAUGAUUGGCAGAUGGGAAAGACCAAGAUCUUCCUCAAGGUAACUAACACCUGGGCUGAGUCCCAAGUAGCACCAUAUUAGGGUGCCUGGUCUCUGUGUGGGUGGCAGGUAGCCUAGCAGUUAAGAGUGUUGGACCAGUAACCGAAAGGUCGCUGGUUUGAAUCCCCGAGCCGGCUAGGUGAAAAAUCUGUCGAUGUGCAAGGCACUUAACCCUAAUUGCCCCUGUAAGUCGCUCUGGAUAAGAGCGUCUGCUAAAUGUAAAAAACAUGUAAAUGGUCAAAAGUAGUGCACUAUAUAGGAAAAAGGGUACCAUUUGGGAGAAGUUAUGCAUUUUUGGAUAGGGGUUUUAUCUGAAAUAUGCGAGUUGUCUACAAUACCCUGUCUUAGUAACAGGGAGAGAAAUUCGCUGUGCAGUGGAACUCAACCCCAGUUGUGCCUCUGUUGACAGUUGAACGAGGACAGCACUAGGGGUGGGGUCAGUGGUGGGCUAGUUACCACACUGAUGGUCAUCAUAGCUGAGGUAGUUAUCAGAGCGACUAGCUGGUCGGACAGGAAGUAAAACAGGAAGUAAAAUCAGCGAGGUGAAGCCAGGGCAGCGAGGGCAGCGCCCACACUUCCCCUACAGGAAACAAACAGAUCAGAGGAGGAGAGGAAAUGGACAGAUGAGAGGAAGAGAGAGAACAUAAAUCAGAGGGUCUUUAGAAAGUCUGUUUGGAAUCUACUGAUGAUCACUUCUGGUUUGUGUGUGUGUGUGUGUGUGGCUGUGUGUCUGCACGUGUGUGUGUUUAGGACCACCAUGACAUGCUGUUGGAGAUCGAGAGAGACAAGGCCAUCACGGACAAGGUCAUCCUUAUCCAGAAGGUUGUACGAGGCUUCAAGGACAGGUGAGGCCGUAGUCAUAGCAACCCCGUGAGACUGUUGGCAUAGCAACCAGGUGAGACUGUAGUCAUAACAACCAGUUUAGACUGUUAGCAAAGCAACCGGGUGAGACUGUAGUCAUUGCAACCAGCUUUGAUUUAACAAUCGCAUCACUUCGUCUCAACAGGUCCAACUUCCUGAAGAUGAGAAAGUCGGCCAUGAUGAUCCAGAAGACGUGGCGAGGAUAUCACUGUCGCAAGAACUAUGUAGCUGUGAGUUUUAAAAACUUGAUCACUUCUUAUUGACAUGAGCUGAACUUAAUCAAAUGACAAUCUCUUUAAUUAAAUUUCCUCCAUGUCCUCUCCUCCUCCUCUCCCUCCCCUCCUCCCCCCUCCCCCCCCUCCCCUCCCCUCCCCUCCCCUCCCCUCCCCUCCACCUCCUAGAUGCGGGCAGGGUUCGCCAGACUCCAGGCGUUGUACCGCUCCAGGCGGCUGUACGUAACGUACCACGUGGCCAGACAGAGGUGACGGGGUCUGCAGGCAGGUGUAGAGGCUGUCUGGUCCGAAGGGCCUUCAGACACCGCCUAUGGGCCGUCAUCACCAUCCAGGCUCACACACGGGGCAUGAUCGCACGACGCCUCUACAAGAGACUGAAGGGAGAGGUGAGACAGAGACACAGACACAUGCAGUGCAGACUGAAAGAAAGCCUCAGUCCCUCUCACUCUCUCAUCCUAACCCUUUCUCUCUCUCUCUCUCUCUCCUCUCUCUCUCUCUCUCUCUCUCUCUCGCGCGCUCUUUCUCAUUCUCUCUCUACCUCUCUCUCUCUCUCUACCUCUGUUUCCUCCCUCUUUCUCUCUCAGUAUCGGAGGAGGUUGGAGGCAGAGAAGUUGCGUCUGGCUGAGGAGGAGAAGCUGAGGAACCAGAUGAGCGCUAAGAAGGCCAAGGUCUGGAACACUCACACUCACACACAUGCACACACACACACACACACACACACACACACACACACGGGCGUCAUGCAGCCCAAAAAUCUGAGGGGGCACAAAGUAGGUGAGGAUGGCUGGGGGUGGUCUGGAGGGGGGCUAGGCCCUGCAAUCUAGAGCCAUAAUCAUUAUGCUUAAUUCUAUGUAAAAAAUAUGUAUUUUUCUGCAUAUCUAAGCAUACCUCUUGUGCUGUCUGUAUCCUCCUGACUGGUGGUUCUGAAUUUAAAGAAACUAAAUAUGCUUCCUUGCCAGCUGGCAUGCCAGCUAAGAUAGUUAGACAAGCUAGCUACUCUAACUUGAUAGCCUGAAAUGGCUUCAUGGUAGCUAGUUAUGAUGUUGGCAGAUUGGGAACCUAUUUGGGCUAGCUAAAGCCAACUUCAUAAAAUAGCUAUGUGGCUAGUAGUAUUACAGAGAAACAACAAUUGUUUUAGGACAAAUCUGAGGGGGCACGUGCCACUGUGGCCCCUAUGGGCAUGACGCCUCUGCACACACGCACACACACACACACCUAUUAACACCCAGUCUUCUGUAGGUUGAAGCAGAGCGUAACCACCAGGAGAGACUGGCCCAGCUAGCGAAGGAGGACGCGGAAAGAGAGAAGAGAGAGAGGGAAGGUGCGGAGGAAGAAGGAGAUGGUGGAGCAGAUGGAGAAAGCAAGACAUGAGCCAGUGAACGACUCUGACAUGGUGGAUAAGAUGUUUGGCUUCCUGGGGACAACAAACUCCUUCCCUGGCCAGGAGGGGGCGCCACCAGCUGGGUUCGAGGUGAGGAGGUCGCCACCUAGUGGACACACAGACACACUGCUACAGUUAACAUCUGAAUCUGCUCUGGGCUAUGUUCAAAUCGUUCUCUAAGUGUCUUUGUGUGUGUGUCUGCAUGUGUGCUUACGUGUGUGUGCGUGUAUCUGUGUGUAGGACUUGGAACGUGCCCAGAAGGAGCUUGAGGAGGAGGAUUUAGAUGAUGUUCUUCCUCUCCCUGAGGAUGAGGAGGAUGACCUGUCGGAGUAUAAAUUUGCCAAGUUCGCUGCCACCUAUUUCCAGGGCACCACCAUACACACCUACGUCCGACGGCCGCUCAAACAACCGCUGCUGUUUCAUGACGAUGAGGGUGACCAGCUGGUAGGUCACAUGACCUCUCAACUCUGACCCCUGACACCUAACCCCUGACCUCUAACCCCAGUAGACCAAGGGUGUUUGUCAGACUGUCCUUUCAGGCAGCCUCCUUCUACCGAACUGUACUUUUUAUAAUCACAGUAUGAACACUAUUUAGGGUUGCAAAAUUCCAGUAACUUUUCCCUACCCCGGUUGUCCAGAAAUCCAGAUUGGAGGUUUCCUGAAAUCAGGAGGGAAUAAGCAGGAAAUCCAGAAUCUUCCAACCAUGAUUUAUAGAAAACCAGGGAAAUUUGGGAAAGUAACGGAAAGGUUGCAACCCUAACACUGUUGGUUUCUCUCCCCCCUAGGCGGCGUUGGCGGUGUGGAUCACGGUGCUGAGGUUCAUGGGAGAUCUCCCAGAGCCCAAGUACCACACGGCCAUCACCGACGGCUCAGAGAAGAUCCCUGUGAUGACCAAGAUCUACGAGACAUUGGGCAAGAAAACCUACAAGAGAGAACUACAGGCCCUGCAGGGGGAGGGAGAGGUGAGAGUACUUACUACGACUGUGAUAUGUGGUUGUCUCACCUAGCUAUCUGAAGAUGAAUGCACUAACUGUAAGUCGCUCUGAAUAAGAGCGUCUGCUAAAUGACUAAAGUGAGGGGGGGAGAGGAGGGAAGAGGAGGGAGUAAUCGAUAAUAACACUUAGCUAUAAUCUCAUUCGGUUAGAUUCUAACUGAGUUAAACCGUCAUGUUCUGAUACACCUGUAGUGUUGCUCUGGGUAGUACAGUACAGUAGUGCUUCCUAGAAGAUGUUUCCUAGCUGAUUUAUAAGCUGUGUCCCCUCCCCCACAGACCCCCCAUUUAGACAGCAACAAGAAGAACAGUGUCCGACACAAACUAGUGUCCCUCACCCUGAAGAAGAAGUCCAAGAUCACUGAGGAGGUGAGAGAGAGGAGGAGGAGGUGUUGGAGUUGAAAGCAUUCUAGAAGGGAUGAAAUGGCCCUUAGCUCCUAGACUCUUCGACAGCUUCCCAAAUGGCACCCUAUUCCCUAUUUAGUAAAUUACUUUUGACCAGAGCCCUAUGCUCCAUGGUAAAAAGUAGUGCACUAUAUAGGGAUAGGGUGCCAUUUGGGACGCAAGGAGUAUGUAGAUUGGAUAGAAUGUCCAGUGUUGAUGAUGCGUUUUCUGUUAGGUGACCAAGCGCCUGAACGACGGAGAGAUUAGUCUCCAUGGCAACAGCAUGUUGGAGGACCGGCCCACCUCUAACCUGGAGAAACUCCACUUCAUCAUCGGCAACGGAAUACUACGACCUGCCCUGAGGUAGACACACACACACGCAUACACACACCCACACGAACACACACUCUGACCUGUCCUGUGUCUGUACUCUGUAGGGAUGAGAUCUACUGCCAGAUCUGUAAGCAGUUGAACCAGAACCCAUCUAAGAGCAGUCAUGCCCGAGGCUGGAUCCUCAUCUCUCUGUGUGUCGGCUGCUUCGCUCCCUCUGAGAAGUUUGUCAAGGUCAGUCAGAAUACACAUACUACUACAGACUCUCUGUCUGCGUCCCAAAUGACACCCUAUUCCCUUUAUACUUUUGACCAGGACCCACAGAGCCAUUUGGGACGUAGAAUUGUUAAACUCUAUACUUUCUCUAUAAUUACAUAACUUCCUCUAUAACUGCAUUACAUCCUGUCUCCUCCAGUACCUGCGUAACUACAUCCAUGGUGGUCCUCCUGGCUACGCCCCCUACUGCGAGGAGAGACUCAGACGCACGUUUGUUAACGGCACCAGAACACAACCCCCGUCCUGGCUGGAGCUACAGGUACACACGCAUCACCACACAACACCACCACACACACACACACUCACACAACACACACACACAUAUACACACACUACACACAUACACAUACAUACAUACAACACCACACACACACACACACACACACACACACACACCCCUUACCUCUCUACUCUCCUCUCUCCACCUCUCUUCUGCUCCCCCCUCCCUCUGUCCUCUCUCUCUCCUCCCCCCCUCUCGCUCCGCCCCUCUCUCUCCCUCGCCCCCUCUCUCCUCCUCCCCCCCUCUCUCUCCUCCUCCUCCCCCUCUCUCUCCUCCCCCCUCUCUCUCCUCCCCCCUCUCUCUCCUCCUCCCCCUCUCUCUCGCUCCUCCCCCCCUCCCUCCUCCACCCCUCUCUCCUCCCCCCCCUCUACUCUACUCCCUCCCCUCUCUCUCCUCCUCCCCCCCUCUCUCCCUUUCCCCCCUCUCCCUCCUCCCCCUCUCUCCCCAUCCCCUCUCUCUCUCUCCUCUCCCUCUUUCUCUCCUCCUCACCUCUCUCCUCCCUCCCAUCUCUCUCCUCCCCCCUCUCUCUCUCCUCCUCCCCCCCUCUAUCUCCUCCCCAUCUCUUCUCUUCCUCCCCCCUCUCUCUCCUCAUCCCCUCUCUCUCUCCUCCUCCCCCCCUCUCUCUCUCCUCCUCUCCCCCUCUCUCUCCUCCUUCCCCCCCUCUCACCCCCCCCCUCUCUCCCCCCCCCCCCCCUCUCUACACCCCCCCCCCCCCCCCCCUCUCCUCCCCCCCUCUCCUCCUCUUUCUCUCUCUCCCAGGCCACUAAGUCUAAGAAGCCCAUCAUGUUGCCAGUAACCUUUAUGGAUGGGACCACUAAGACGUUGUUGACAGACUCAGCUACUACUGCCAUGGAGCUGUGUAACGCCCUGGCAGACAAGAUCAGCCUCAGAGACCGCUUUGGAUUCUCUCUCUACAUCGCCCUGUUUGACAAGGUAAUACACAGCCAUGCACACACACACACACGGGUACACAGGCAGGCAUGCACACGCACACAUACCAUGCAUGUGCAGUAUUCCGGUGUGAGCUGUGUGUGUGUACCUCUAGGUCUCCUCCCUAGGCAGUGGUAAGGACCAUGUGAUGGACGCGGUGUCCCAGUGUGAGCAGUAUGCCAAGGAGCAGGGUGCCCAGGAGAGGAACGCCCCCUGGAGACUGUUCUACAGGAAGGAGAUAUUCACGCCCUGGCACAACCCUGCAGACGAUGCUGUGGCCACCAACCUCAUCUACCAACAGACUGUACGGGGGGUAAAGUUUGGAGAGUACCGCUGUGACAGGGUGAG